AUGAGUUAUGAGCAAUGCUUGUACUUGCUAUCACCCAAAAAGGAACUGUCUUUUUGGAUUCAUAAGUUUCGAGAAAUUUUUGCAAAAAGCUAUGUUUUUUUUACGUUCUUCAUGGUUGAUUUCGAUUAAAAGAGAUCGCUUUUUGUAGCUCAGGUCUCAUCAAAUCUGAAUCCAAUUUUCAGUUGGUGGAUAUUGGAUGAUGCUGGUUGUUUCGGAAAACUACUUAUUAAGCCCUUCUUUGUACCUUAAAGCUCUUAAAUUAUGCAGCUACCAAAACGUCAAGAAACAACUAUUGUUGAUCCAUGGGAAUUCGAUUACAAAUGGGUUCUGCUCCAAUCUCCAGUUGAAGGACAUGUUGAUAGAUUUGUACUUAAAACAGGGAGAUGUGAAACAUGCACGUAAACUGUUCGAUAGAAUUUCUAAGAGAGAUGUGGUUUCUUGGACAGCUAUGAUCUCGAGGUUUUCUCGAUGUGGAUAUCACCCGGACGCGUUGUUGUUGUUUAAAGAGAUGCACCGGGAAGAUGUUAAGGCUAAUCAGUUCACUUAUGGGAGUGUUUUGAAGUCGUGUAAAGAUUUGGGGUGUCUGAAAGAAGGGAUGCAGAUACAUGGUAGUGUGGAGAAAGGGAAUUGUGCAGGGAACUUAAUUGUGAGAAGUGCAUUGCUUUCUCUUUAUGCCAGGUGUGGAAAGAUGGAGGAAGCUCGUCUUCAGUUUGAUUCAAUGAAAGAAAGGGAUUUGGUUUCUUGGAAUGCUAUGAUCGAUGGAUACACCGCCAAUGCUUGUGCAGAUACUUCGUUUAGUCUGUUUCAGUUGAUGCUCACGGAAGGGAAGAAGCCAGACUGCUUCACCUUUGGAAGCCUCUUGAGAGCUUCUAUUGUCGUUAAGUGUCUUGAAAUAGUCAGUGAAUUACAUGGAUUAGCGAUCAAGCUGGGUUUUGGGAGAUCAAGUGCACUAAUUAGGUCUCUGGUUAAUGCAUAUGUGAAGUGUGGUAGCCUUGCCAAUGCUUGGAAACUGCACGAGGGCACAAAGAAAAGAGACUUACUAUCUUGCACUGCUCUAAUUACAGGUUUUUCACAGCAGAACAACUGCACAAGUGAUGCCUUUGAUAUCUUCAAAGAUAUGAUACGGAUGAAAACAAAGAUGGACGAAGUUGUAGUAUCCUCGAUGCUUAAAAUAUGCACCACCAUUGCAUCUGUAACCAUUGGAAGACAGAUCCAUGGUUUUGCCUUAAAAUCUUCCCAAAUCAGAUUCGAUGUUGCUUUGGGGAAUUCGCUGAUAGAUAUGUAUGCAAAGUCUGGGGAAAUCGAGGAUGCAGUCCUGGCUUUCGAAGAGAUGAAAGAGAAAGAUGUGAGAUCAUGGACCUCUUUGAUUGCAGGAUAUGGAAGACAUGGGAAUUUUGAGAAAGCAAUUGAUCUUUAUAACAGAAUGGAGCAUGAAAGGAUCAAACCGAAUGACGUUACAUUUCUUUCUCUCCUCUCUGCUUGUAGUCAUACAGGACAAACCGAACUAGGCUGGAAGAUUUACGACACAAUGAUCAACAAGCACGGAAUCGAAGCUCGAGAAGAGCACUUAUCUUGCAUCAUAGAUAUGCUUGCGCGCAGUGGCUACUUGGAAGAAGCUUAUGCACUGAUAAGAAGUAAAGAGGGUAUUGUAAGUCUUAGCUCAUCAACAUGGGGAGCUUUUCUUGAUGCAUGCAGGCGCCAUGGGAAUGUGCAGCUCAGUAAAGUAGCAGCCACGCAGCUUCUGAGUAUGGAACCGAGGAAACCAGUCAAUUACAUCAAUUUGGCCAGUGUGUAUGCAGCUAAUGGAGCAUGGGACAAUGCUUUGAAUACUAGAAAGCUUAUGAAAGAGAGUGGUUCCUGCAAUAAAGCUCCAGGAUACAGCCUUGUGUAUUGA